AUGGCGACGCCGACCAACAGCGACUGUAACCUCGUCGACGAGUUUGAAGAAUCAUUUCAGCAAUGUUUAAGUAUAUUGACAAAAGACGAGGGAUUGGGCAACAGUGGAACUGGUGCAUCUGGUGGUUUGACAGUGGAUAAAGAUGAAGGUCGUGCAGAAAUAGAACAGGCUACUAUGAGAUUUAUAGAUCUCGCCAGACAAAUGGAAGCUUUCUUUUUACAAAAGAGAUUUCUCUUAUCUGCACUGAAACCCGAGAUGUUAGUUAAGGAAGAAAUCAACGAGCUGAAACUGGAGUUGGCACGUAAAGAAGAACUGAUAAAAAGACAUAACGACAAGAUUGCUGUUUGGCAAAAUAUGUUGUCGGAUUUGCAGGGAUGGGCGCAGUCACCUGCUCAAGGUCCAGCGCCCAGUGGAUUACCCAAUGGAAAUCAAAGUGGACAGAAUCAGCAGGCUUCAGGUGGUAGUGGUAAUGCUUCAAUGCAACAACAACAGCAAAUACUACAACAUCAGCAGCAAUUACAGCAGCAAUUACAGCAGCAACAACAGCAGCAGCAGCAUCCACAAUUGCAGCAACAAUUGCAGCAGCAAAUGCAACAUCCAUUGCAAUCACAGGAAAGUGAAGAAGAAAAAGUGUGUGAGAAAGAAGCGAUUGAUAGUACGAUUGAAGAGUGA